UCGUCGACCGCCGCAACCACCAACAACCUCGCUGCCGACCUCAAGCCCAAGGGCGAAGCCGCUGCAAAGGCAAAGGAUGAAAAGGCCGCUCGCGACGAAUGCAUGCUCUUCUCUACUGCCGCCGAUCCUCAAGCCGACUGCCAGAACAUGAUCCAAAAGUACAGAACAUGCAUGCAGGGCUACGGCUUCAGCCUCCCA